CCCCGCCCGGCUGCAGAGGCCCUGGAGCCCGCCCCGCGGGCCUGCACGACCCUCGCAGCGGCCAGGUUCUCCUCCGCUGCCGCCGCCUGCCGCCAUGGACGUGUACCCCCCGCACCGGCUGGGGUUGCCCCGCGCGUGGUCUGCCGGCGGCUCCGGCCGCGGGUCGCCCUCCGUCAGCUGCAGCCGACUCCGCCAGGUUCAGAGCAUCCUGACCCAGAGCAGCAAGUCUCGACCCGAUGGGAUCCUCUGCAUUCUAGGAAUUGAUAGCAGGUACAAUGAAGGCUGCAGAGAGCUGGCAAAUUAUCUUCUAUUUGGUUUGUACAAUCAGAAUACCAGUGAUUUUGAGAAAACAGGGUUUUCUGAAGAAGUUCUAGAUGAUGUAAUUAUAUUAAUUAAAUCAGACAGUGUCCAUCUGUACUGUAAUCCUGUAAACUAUCGCUAUCUCAUACCCUGUGUGGCACAUUGGAGAAAUCUGCAUAUGCACUGCAUGACUGAAAAUGAGUAUGAAGAUGAGGAAGCUGCAGAAGAAUUUAAAAUUGCCAGCUUUGUGGACAUGGUUCGAGACUGCAGUAGAAUUGGCAUUCCUUAUAGCUCCCAAGGUCACUUGCAGAUAUUUGAUAUGUUUGUAGUGGAGAAAUGGCCAAUUGUACAGGCCUUUGCACUUGAGGGCAUUGGAGGGGAUGGAUUUUUUACCAUGAAAUAUGAGUUGCAGGAUGUGAGUUUGAAUCUAUGGAAUGUCUACAGCAAAAUGGAUCCUAUGUCUCUGGAGAGUUUGCUUUCAGAAGAUUUGAUGGCUUUUGAACAUCAGUGGACUAACUUCUUUGCUAAUUUUGACACAGAAAUUCCUUUCCUGCUGGAGCUUUCUGAAUCUCAGGCGGGUGAGCCAUUCAGAAGUUAUUUCAGUCAUGGAAUGAUCUCUAGCCAUAUCACUGAAAACAGCCCUAAUAGACAACCAUUUGUUCUCUUUGGUAAUCACUCCACACGAGAAAACCUGAACACUGGCAGCUUUAACUUCCCCUCUGAAGGGCACCUGGUACGCAACACUGGUCCCAGUGGGAGCUUUGCCAAACACAUGGUGGUACAGUGCGUCUCACCAAAGGGACCCCUUGCUUGUUCAAGAACAUACUUUUUUGGAGCUACUCAUGUUCCUUACUUGGGUGAUGACAACAAGCUGCCCAAGAAAACUGAACAAAUUAGGCUCUUGUCACAGGUAUAUGCUGCUGUUAUUGAGGCUGUUUUGGCUGGCAUUGCAUGUUAUGCUAAAACUUCCAGUCUAACAAAGGCCAAGGAAGUAGCUGAGCAGACCAUGGGAUCUAAGUUAGAUUCCUUUGAGUUGAUGCAGUUUAAGGCAGCCCUACGCUCCAAGAUGGCUUUUCAUAUACAUGCUGUGAAUAAUCAGGGAAGAAUCGUGCCUCUGGACAGUGAAGAUAGCUUAUACUUUGUGAAGACGGCUUGUAUGACUGUCUAUGACAUUCCUGAUUUGCUGGGAGGAAGGGGGAGCUUAGGAUCUGUGGUCUUCUCAGAAUCAUUUUUGACAUCUCAGAUCUUGGUUAAAGAAAAGGAUGGCACUGUUAACACAGAAACCAGCUCCAUAGUCCUGACAGCCGCCAUACCCAGAUUCCGCUCCUGGCUGGUAGAAGAUAAUGAAGUAAAAUUGUCUGAGAAAACCCAGCAAGCAGUGAAAGGAGAUGAGUGUUUUCUGGGAACUUUUCUAACAGGAGGAGAAGGAGCAUAUCUUUAUUCCAGCAAUGCACAGUCUUGGCCUGAGGAAGGGAAAUUGUAUUUCUUCUCUAGCGGCCUUCUGUUUUCUCACCGUCAUCAUGGAAGCAUCAUCAUUUCCAAGGAUCACAUGAAUUCCAUUGCAUUCUAUGAUGGGGAUUCCACCAGUGUUGUUGCUGUCCUUCUGGUACACUUCAGAAGCUCAUUACUUCCUCAUCUCCCAGUUCAUUUCCAUGGUUCAAGCAAUUUUAUGAUGAUUGCCCUUUUCCCCAAAUCAAAGAUCUACCAAGCAUUUUACCCAGAGGUCUUCUCCCUCUGGCAACAGCAGGCUAACUCAGGGCUGUCUUUAAAAGUGAUCCAGGAAGAUGGAUUAUCUGUGGAACAAAAGAGAUUACACUCCAGUGCACAGAAGCUCUUCAAUGUCCUGAGCCAUGCUGCCAGGGAGAAACGAAGUCCUCUAAAGCUGCUCUCCGCCAAACUCCCAGAGCUGGACUGGUUUCUCCAGCAUUUCGCCAUCAGCAGCGUUAGUCAGGAGCCUGUGAUGAGGGCCCAUCUCCCUGUCCUGCUGCAGCAAACUGAAAUCAGCCCUACUCACCGAGUAGAAAAUGACAAGGUCAUUAUCAGCAUUGUAACUGGCCUCCCGGGAUGUCAUGCUAGCGAGCUCUGUGCUUUUCUGGUCACUCUGCAUAAGGAAUAUGGCAGGUGGAUGGUGUACCGCCAAGUCAUGGACAGCUCUGAGUGUUUUCAUGCUGCCCACUUCCAGAAGUACCUUUCCAGUGCCCUGGAGGCCCAGCGGAACCGCUCUGCCCGCCAGUCAGCCUACAUCCGCAAGAAGACCAGAUUGUUGGUGGUGUUACAAGGCUACACAGAUGUUAUUGAUGUUGUCCAGGCCCUGCAGACCCAUCCAGACUCAAAUGUCAAGUCUUCCUUCACCAUUGGUGCCAUCACAGUGUGUGUGGAGCCCCUGAGCUGCUACAUGGAGCACAGAUUUCUCUUUCCAAAAUGUCUUGACCAGUGUUCACAAGGCCUGGUGAGUAAUGUGGUGUUCACCAGUCAUACCACGGAGCAGAGGCACCCGCUCCUCGUUCAGCUGCAGAGCCUCAUCAGGGCUGCCAAUCCUACCACAGCCUUCAUUCUUGCAGAAAAUGGGAUUGUCACCAGGAAUGAAGACAUUGAGCUGAUUCUGUCAGAAAACAGUUUUUCAAGUCCUCAGAUGCUACGAUCUCGAUACUUAAUGUACCCUGGCUGGUAUGAAGGUAAAUUUGAUGCUGGAUCAGUCUUUCCAUUAAUGGUUCAGAUCUGCGUAUGGUUUGGUCGUCCCUUGGAGAGGACUCGCUUUAUAGCCAAAUGUAAAGCAAUUCAGUCUUCCAUCAAGCCAAGUCCUUUCUCUGGAAACAUCUACCACAUCCUGGGCAAAGUGAAGUUUUCAGACUCUGAGAAGACCAUGGAGGUCUGCCACAACACUUUGGCCAAUUCCUUGAGCAUCGUGCCUGUAUUGGAGGGACCGACGCCACCACCCAACUCCCGAGGCACACCUCAAGACAGCAGCGGGCAACAGGAGUGUUACCUCGUGUUCAUCGGCUGCUCCCUGAAGGAAGAAAGCGUCAAGGACUGGCUACGGCAGUCUGCUAAGCAGAAGCCUCAGAGGAAAGCCCUGAAGACCAGGGGAAUGCUGACCCAGCAGGAGAUCCGGAACAUCCAUGUUAAACGCCACCUGGACCCCCUGCCUGCAGGCUACUUUUAUAAUGGCACCCAGUUUGUCAAUUUCUUUGGAGACAAGACUGAUUUUCACCCACUCAUGGACCAGUUCAUGAAUGACUAUGUGGAAGAAGCCAACCGGGAGAUCGAAAAGUAUAACCGGGAGCUGGAGCAGCAGGAAUACCACGAUCUCUUCGAGCAGAAGCCUUAGAGGAAGGCUGCAGAAUGUCCACUCGAGAUGGACAGGACGGGUGUCUUAGCCUCAGUUCCUCCAGAGGCCCCUCCCGCAGGGGCUGUCUUCGUUCUCCUUGGCCUUUGUGUGCUGGCUUGAGUGCAUGUUGUCUUUAUUCUCUUUGCAGCGCUGAAGAGCAUCACCUGCACUACUGAUUUGGGGGGAUGGGUCCGCAUGGAGCAUGAGCAGACAAGGACUGCAGUGUGUGUGGCUGGCAGUCCAGGACCUCCAGGUCUCUCGCAGUAUCUCCUUUGGGUGGUUGAAGCACUGUGUGCGUGUGGGGAAGCAUUUGGAGUGCACAGAGGAGCUGCUAGGAUGCAGAAGGAACCCUAGCUACCCAAAUUGGAGCCACCCUUGGGGAGGGCCAGGCCACCACAGACCUCAGGCCUCAAGACAGUGCCCCAGAAGAGCCUUAUCCCAGUGCCUGCCUUCCUGGUCAGGCUCCUCCCAUUGAGGGACUUGGCCCUGCUGGCCCUGGGCCAGUCCUGGGGGGACAGCACAAGCUCUGCCCCAGCCCAACCCAGAGUCAGCUGGGGCUGAGAUCAGUAGCUGUUCUGAAAUGAGGGGCUUGUCCUUACAGACUAAACUGGAAGGCGUCCUGCUUUCCAGAAGCGUGUGGCUUUGAGCUGACACAAGCAGUCCCCUCAGGAUUGGUUUUGAGUCCCCUUAUAGUAUCACUCCCGUUUGCCUAAUUCAGGGGCCAGAGCAAACCUGCUGCUGAAGGCUCCCUGGUGAUGCUUUGCCUCACUGCUGAGGGGAGCAUCCUGCAACUGCUCAGUUUUAGGUCCUGAUCAUUUUUGGGGUGUCAUUGAAUGGGGUUCAGUCUCCAGCACCUAACCCUCCCCCCAGCCUUACCAGGGAAGGUCUGGAUUUCGGCCACACACUUCAGGAAAUUCGUGCCCCCAAGCAGGUAUGUCCCAUGCUGACCUCCAGAACUAGUGUGGACAAGGGGAGGUCCCAGGCACCAGUAUUUAGGUGAUGUCUGUUAGGACUUCAGCGCCUCAGCUGCCUAGGUUGUAAAUGCUUUCUGAAUUUCAUGUUGUUGUUUUGCAUGCCUUAGGAACAAGCACAUAGGCGAAACCAGCAAAGUUUCCAGUAAUGUAGUGGGGUUUUUGAGAAAGGCCCCUGGUGCAGAGGAGUCAGAGAAAGGAUGGAGCACAUGUAGUCUGUGUGCCUGGUCACACAGAGGCCUGCAUGCAAGUACGAAAGCAAUUGUGUGGGCUUGUCGCUACCACGUACUUGUAUUAGGAAAAAACAAUUUGUAUUUGAAGCCAAAUGAACAAAACUCCAGUACUACUGAGUAAGAAAUCUUGCAUGAAGAAAGGCUUCUGAAGACUCGUGUUCUCCAGUCCCAGCUCCCAAAGCUGCUGGUGACAAGGCCCCAGGUGUGGAGCCCAAGUCUGGGAGCCCCUAAUGUCUGGCUGGCCAGAGUUUGGGGUUCACAGUGGACUUGCCUCUGCUCCAGAAUCAAUAACAUAGAUAUUAAGUGCAAUUGAUUAAAUAAGCAAUGAAUUACUUGUAGCUUCCUUUAGCUCUACCGAGCUCUUUUUAAAAACUCAAACUUGAGCAGCCUUAGAAAAGGGGUGGGUGGGGUGGGUGGGACCAUUUCCUCCAGGUGGGUUGCUGUGAAGUUUUAAAUGAAAGCUCCAGAUCUUGGAACUCGAGCCAUUUCCUGGCUGCUGCACAAAAGAGUUUUUAAAGAGGGGUCGGAACCCGCCCGUAGCAGCGGGUCUUCCCACUGCGUGGGCUGUACUUACGUGGUGGUCUUGGUUCUGACCAUUGUCCGGAGAAAUGCUCUCUCACCAACUUGCCCCUCUUAGAGGGAAAACUGUGAUUACCUCAACCAGAAUAUGAAACUGUGAUUGAAAAAGUCAAAACGUUAAGUUUAAAAGCCAAGUGGCAAAACUGGCUAAGGCCUCCUUAGACACUCCUCAGCCUGCUCAGGAGUGUGAAGGGGCACAUAGGUGAAAGGGCAUUUCACUCCUUGGGGCACACUCUGUGCCUGAUGAAGAGACACACUAGCAGUGCGCAGUGUGAGCUCUUUGAGGACUGAGGCCGGGGGUGCAUCCUCCGCACUGCCUCUUCCAGAACCUGCGGGCCUCUGGGUUCUGACCGUGAAGUUUAAUAUCCACUUGAUUCCUCCAGGUGGAGGGUGGGGGCUUGGCUGCCUCUCGAGGAAGGGCCAUGACACUGUGUUUUAGAUUUUGACCUUAGAAGUGGAUACUAAGGACCCAGCAAAGACAUCGGGUGAGGGUUCCUAGGGACAGGCAGAAGUCCUCCAGGGGCUGACAUGCUUUUUGCCAACUUUCCUGUUAGCAGCUUCAGUUUUAUAUCACCCAGAGUGAGUGUGAUACUGUUGAAAUCGCUGAAGUUAUGGGUCAUUUUACGUUUUGAUGUGGGAUUUUUUAUUUUAUUUUAUUUGGAGGGAGGAGGCAGAAAUUGGAGAAAAGGGAUUACCCUAGGAAGGGGCGGCUGGCAAGGAGUUAAGUUGGCUCCCCUAAGCCCUGGGGCUCUCUGACCUCAGCCUGCACACAAGGCCCUGCAGGUCACAAGAAAAAGUUCCCUCCUAAAUUCAAUUAGGAUUCUGGAGAAUUUUUGCACAGUAAUAAGCUCUGAGUUGCUCUUCAGGCUUCUCGAAAGGGAAAAGUUAACUCAAAGAUUGUAAACUAUUAAGUAUUCAUUCCAGCAUGUUGCUGACCUAGUUGGAUAGUUGUACCUCAAAAGUAGGUGAGAAAUGGCUUCCUCAUUGUCUUCGGUUGUCAAAUACUAAUGACAGAAGAAGAGCUCACUUACGUGCCAAAAUUCACUUUUAUACUAGUUUUUCAGUGCUUUAAUAUUUGUAACUUAAAUUUUAAAACUCAUUUACAAACACUACUGUAACUUCAGUGAAACUGAAUUGUGUGAUUGAAGCUUUUUGCUUAUUAUAGUAUUUAUUACACUACUUAAUUCAAUAAAUAUAUUAAAGUAGGCUUCAAUUUAUUUUUAUAUUAUUUUACAUGUUUUUACCUGCAGUUGUGUAUUUGAAUUGACCUUGGUAACAGAUGUGAUGCUAAGGACCAAUAAACUAUCACUGAACAAG